AUGGAUCAGCUUCCGUGGGUCCUUCUCGGCAUUCGCGCUGCCCCAAAGGCAGACCUCGAGGCUUCCAGCGCCCAAUUAGUUUACGGGACUUCCCUGGUCCUCCCCGGCGAAUUCUGGCCCGCUAGCACCUCGGAGCCUUCGCGCCGGUCGGCAACCGAGCUGGAAUCCGCCCUGCGACACCUCCUGCCUGUUCCCACACAAUUCCACGGGACUACCCAUUCCCAUGUCCCCCGUACAUUGCAAUCAACGGAUUUCGUUUUUGUUCGGCGCGAUCGCAAGCCUCAUCCCCUAGUUUCCCCGUACGAGGGACCCUUCAAGGUCGUCCGGCGAGACGAGAAGUACUUCACCCUCCUGGUUCGUGGAAAAGAAGAGAGGGUUUCGCUGGAUCGGCUGAAACCCGCAUUUGUCAACAACCCCCCCUGA